GUAAACUGCAAAUUGCACGGCAUAUAGCAGCGGAAGAAGCUUACUUGUCCAUCCGAGCUAGCUCAAAUGGUCUGUCAUUCUCCAACUUCUUUUCAUUUCCACUCCAAGUCCCAAUCAGUGGUUACAGUACUCCCUCAUCUGAAUGAAGCUACUCAAUUAGGAUCAAUCCAUGGCAUCAGCUGGUGCGGGGACCUUUCUUCCAAAUUCUACCUCCUCAGUUCCCAACUUCCGGUCCCCCGACCACAACCGUCGCCGGGGGCCUACACUUUCUCCGCCCAAUUCCUUCACCGGACGCCGCAAAGCUUCUCCGGAUGGCUAUCCUUCCACCUCUAAGGAAACCUUCACUGGGAAGCCAGAAGCAGAUGUUGUUGUUAUAGGGAGUGGUAUCGGUGGCUUAUGUUGUGCCGGACUUCUUGCUAGAUACCAGCAAGACGUUUUGGUACUCGAAAGUCACAAUGUACCAGGGGGUGCUGCCCAUCCCUUUGAUGUUAAGGGCUAUAAAUUUGACUCAGGCCCUUCUUUAUUCUCCGGCUUUCAAUCAAGGGGACCACAGGCAAAUCCUUUAGCACAAGUACUUGAUGCUUUGGGUGAAUCCAUUCCCUGCGCAGAUUAUGAUUCGUGGAUGGUAUACAUACCCGAAGGUGAAUUUUUGUCUCGCAUUGGCCCAACAGAGUUCUUCAAGGAUCUUGAAAACUAUGCUGGUCCUGAUUCUGUGAGAGAAUGGAAAAAGCUUCUAGAUACAAUUCUUCCAAUGUCAGCUGUGGCAAUGGCUCUCCCUCCUCUGUCGAUCAGAGGUGACAUUGGUGUCCUCUCCGCCGCUGCUGCAAGAUAUGCACCCUCUCUCUGGAAAUCAUUUGCUCAAAUGGGACCUCGUGGGGCCCUUAGUGCUACAAAGCUUCUUAGACCCUUUUCAGAAAUUAUUGAUUCAUUGGGGCUAAAAGAUCCUUUUAUACGGAACUGGCUCGAUCUUCUCUCUUUCUUGCUUGCUGGGGUCAAAACUAAUGGCAUACUCUCUGCAGAGAUGGUUUAUAUGCUCUCUGAAUGGUAUAAGCCUGGUUGCACAUUGGAGUAUCCUCUCUGUGGAACUGGAGCUAUAGUUGAUGCCCUAGUGAGAGGAUUACAGAAGUUUGGUUGCCGGAUUUCUCUCAAGAGCCAUGUAGAAAAUAUUGUUGUUGAAAAUGGUAGAGCUACAGGAGUGAAACUAAAAAGUGGCCAAGUUGUUCAUGCUAAAAAGGCUGUUGUCAGCAAUGCAUCCAUGUGGGACACUAUGAACUUGUUACCAAAGCAUGUUAUUCCAAAAACAUAUCAGGACCGGAUAAAAAGCACCCCACAAUGUGGAUCGUUUAUGCAUCUACAUCUGGGCUUCGAUGCAAAGGGAAUACACAAUGACCUGGGAAUCCAUCAUAUAGUUGUAAAUGACUGGGAGAGAGGAGUUGAUGCCGAUCAAAAUGUUGUCCUGAUCUCUAUACCUAGUGUGCUUAGCCCUGAUCUCGCUCCACCAGGGAAACAUGUCUUGCAUGCCUAUACACCCGGAACUGAGCCUUAUGAAAUUUGGGAAGGACUAGAUCACAACAGCAAUGAAUACAAAAAUCUCAAGGCUGAACGGUCGGAGGUCAUGUGGAAAGCAGUGGAAAGAGUGCUUGGUCCAGGUUUCAGUUGUGACAGAUGCGAUGUAAAAUUGGUUGGAACCCCACUAACGCACCAAAGAUUUCUUAGGAGGAACAGAGGGACUUAUGGGCCGGCUAUAUUGGCGGGGGGUAAAGGCUCCACAUUUCCGGGCCAUUCAACACCAAUCCCAAAGCUCUUACAUUCAGUGAACCAAACAUCCUCCGCCGACCACCAACUGCCGCCCAAGCAGAUCUAGCCGCCGCCACUCAGAUACAGACGCCACCACCGUGGAUCCAGACGCCACCACCGCAGAUCCGGCCCCCACCAUGGCAGACCUGAUCGACGCCACCACGGAUGACAACUUUUUUAUCAAAAUGCCAACCUGAAUCGAGAAUGACAUAUUAAUGGCAUUUUUAAAGAAAAGUAUUAAUUUUUUAAAGAAUAAGAAUGCCAUUUUGAUGGCAUUUUAGAAAAAAAUUGGCAAUCGUAAAAAUGAAGUAAAGCACACCGGUUUAAUUUCGAACAUUAUUGACAAACACAGAGGCAACAAGCCAUUACAAACCCAAAACCCAGCAAUUACAGAUUCCAGACAUGAGGAAGAAGAUUGAAAGGCUCACAGAAAUUCAUAUAGAACAAAAGAAGAAGUAAAUUGAAGAAACAGAAGAGCGCGAAGGAGGAGACAGGCCACAUACGUUCGUUGCCGCUGCUGACCGGCGCUCGCGUGCGCAAGCUGCCGCUGCUCACCACCUCUCUCUGUUGAAGCCGAGCUAUGUGUAGAAGAUGCGACCUUGCUGAGCGUGGACGAAGCUUAUAAGUUGCCGCAGGGUUAAAAUGAAUUAGAGGGUAAAAUUGGAAAAUGGUCCUAU